UGGGGGCGGGCACCACCGAGGUCGGCCUGGAGAGCUGAGGCAGGUAGCCUCGCCUGGGAGGACCCAGGACAGGAGGAGCCCACCUGGGGCUCCCUGACAGCCACCUGCCCACUUUGUGAUUAGAGCCGUGUUCUGGGAGCCUUUCAGAUGCUCAGUCUCUGACAUCUGCUCAGCUGGGAUCCUCCAAGAGCGCUAGUGUCUAGAAGCAUGACCGGGACAACAUCCUCGCCGCCUCCGGCCGGCCGGCACCCACAGCUGCUGCCUGCUCUGCGCUGCUGAGCCCCUCGGUCUGGAGCACCCAGGACAGCACCUGCCUCCUGAGGUUGUCCUGGCUCAGCUGUGCACAGCGAUGGUGGAGAACUGGACUCCACAGGCUCACAACCUUCCUGUCAGGUUUCAGGGCCCAGCAUCCUUCAUCCUGGGCCUGGCGGCCCUGAACAAUGGCUGAGGGCUGGGGGACCCCAUAGAGCAACACCACAGCAUCCAGGGCCAGCAGUACUCCAGUGCCCGUGGACUAUGACCACCUAUCGGGCCAUUCCCAGUGAUGGUGUGGACCUGGCAACCAGCUGUGGGGCCAGAGCGGGGGAAGUCCUCCCUGGGCCACAUACAGGGGACUACGCUCCCAUGGGAUUCUGGGCCCAGAAUGGCAGCAUGUCCCAGCCUCUUGGCGAAAGCCCGGCCACCACUACCACCCGCCCCAGCCCCACCACCCCGGCCAUGCCCAAGAUGGGCGUGCGCGCAAGGGUGGCCGACUGGCCACCCAAGCGGGAGGUCCUGAGAGAGCAGAGCAACCCAAGCCCCUCACAGGACGCAGAUGGCGCAAAGGCCACCAAGAUGGCCCAUGCCAUGAGGAGCAUACAGAACGGACAGCUCCCCGCUAGCACCCCAGCUUCCUCAGGGUCCAAAGCCUUCCACCGACUCUCCAGGAGAAGAUCCAAAGACGUGGAAUUCCAGGACGGGUGGCCCCGGUCCCCAGGCAGGGCCUUCCUCCCCCUUCGGCACCGCAGCAGCAGCGAGAUCACCCUCAGCGAGUGUGACGCGGAGGACUCCGGGGAGCCGCGGGGUGCCCGGCACACGGGGGCGCUGCCCCUGUUCCGCGAGUAUGGGAGCACCUCAUCCAUUGACGUGCAGGGCGUGCCUGAGCAGAGCUUCUUCGACAUCCUCAACGAGUUCCGCAGCGAGCAGCCUGAGGCCCCGGGCUGCCAGGCCCUCACCGAGCUGCUCCGGGCAGAUCCUGGCUCGCACCUCAUGGCGGGCAGCGGCGGAGCCAAAGGGGACCCCCGCAACGGGCAGCCCACCAAGGACAGCCUCCUGCCGCUGCAGCCCACGAAGGAGAAGGAGAAGGAGAAGGCCCGGAAGAAACCCGUGCGGGGCCUCGGCGGCGGGGACACGGUGGACUCGUCCAUCUUUCGGAAGCUGAGGAGCAGCAAACCCGAGGCGGAGGCCGGGAGGUCCCCGGGGGAGGCCGAUGAGGGCCGGAGCCCUCCGGAAGCCAGCAGGCCGUGGGUGUGUCAGAAGAGUUUCGCCCACUUCGACGUGCAGAGCAUGCUGUUCGACCUCAACGAGGCGGCCGCCAACAGGGUGUCGGUGGCGCAGCGGCGGAACACCACCACGGGCGCCUCCGCCGCCUCUGCCGCCUCGGCCAUGGCCUCCCUCACGGCCUCACGGGCUCACAGCCUCGGAGGCCUGGACCCGGCCUUCACCAGCACGGAGGACCUGAACUGCAAGGAGAACCUGGAGCAGGACCUCGGCGAUGACAAUAGCAACGACCUGCUGCUCAGCUGCCCGCACUUCCGCAACGAGAUCGGGGGCGAGUGUGAACGCAACGUGAGCUUCUCCCGGGCGUCCGUGGGCUCCCCCAGCGGCGGCGAGGGCCACCAGGCGGAGCCCGCCCUGAGCGCCUACCGCACCAACGCCAGCAUCUCGGUGCUGGAAGUGCCCAAGGAGCAGCAGCGGACGCAGAGUCGGCCCCGGCAGUACAGCAUCGAGCACGUGGAUCUGGGUGCCCGCUACUACCAGGACUACUUCGUGGGCAAAGAACAUGCCAAUUACUUUGGCGUGGAUGAGAAGCUGGGGCCAGUGGCUGUGAGCAUUAAGCGGGAGAAGCUGGAAGAUCACAAGGAGCACGGGCCUCAGUAUCAGCACAGGAUCAUCUUCCGGACCCGCGAGCUCAUCACCCUGCGGGGCUCCAUCCUGGAAGAUGCCACACCCACAGCCACCAAGCAUGGGACUGGGCGAGGUCUGCCCUUGAAGGAUGCCUUGGAGUAUGUCAUCCCUGAGCUCAACAUUCAUUGCCUGCGGCUGGCCCUCAACACCCCAAAGGUGACGGAGCAGCUGCUGAAGCUCGAUGAGCAAGGGCUCUGCCGGAAGCACAAGGUGGGCAUCCUCUAUUGCAAGGCCGGCCAGAGCUCCGAGGAGGAGAUGUACAACAACGAGGAGGCCGGCCCCGCCUUCGAGGAGUUCCUCUCCCUCAUCGGCGAGAAGGUCUGCCUGAAGGGCUUCACCAAGUACGCCGCCCAGCUGGAUGUCAAGACCGACUCUACGGGAACGCACUCCCUCUACACGACAUACCAGGACUACGAGAUCAUGUUCCACGUCUCCACCCUGCUCCCUUACACCCCCAACAACAGGCAGCAGCUGCUGCGGAAGAGGCACAUAGGAAACGACAUUGUGACCAUCAUCUUCCAGGAGCCCGGCGCACUGCCAUUCACCCCCAAGAACAUCCGCUCACACUUCCAGCACGUCUUCAUCAUCGUCCGAGCCCACAGUCCCUGCACUGAUAACGUCUGCUACAGUAUGGCUGUGACCCGAUCCAAAGACGCUCCUCCUUUCGGCCCCCCCAUCCCCAGCGGAACCACAUUCCGCAAAUCCGACGUCUUCAGAGACUUCUUGCUGGCCAAGGUGAUUAACGCCGAGAACGCCGCGCACAAGUCCGACAAGUUCCACACCAUGGCCACCAGGACCCGCCAGGAGUAUCUCAAGGACCUGGCUGAAAACUGUGUCUCCAACACCCCCAUCGACUCCACAGGCAAAUUCAACCUCAUCUCCCUGACCUCCAAGAAGAAGGAAAAGACAAAAGCACGGGCCGGCGCUGAGCAGCACAGCGCAGGGGCCAUCGCCUGGAGGGUGGUGGCUCAGGACUACGCCCAGGGGGUGGAAAUUGACUGCAUUUUGGGAAUUUCCAAUGAGUUUGUGGUGCUCCUGGACCUACGCACCAAGGAGGUGGUGUUCAACUGCUACUGUGGAGAUGUCAUUGGCUGGACCCCAGACUCCUCCACACUCAAAAUCUUCUAUGGACGAGGGGACCACAUCUUCUUACAGGCAGCAGAGGGCUCUGUGGAGGACAUAAGGGAGAUUGUGCAAAGACUGAAGGUGAUGACCAAUGGCUGGGAGACGGUGGACAUGACACUGCGGCGGAACGGGCUUGGGCAGCUGGGCUUCCACGUGAAGUACGACGGCACAGUGGCCGAGGUGGAGGACUACGGGUUUGCCUGGCAGGCCGGCCUCCGGCAGGGCAGCCGACUAGUGGAGAUCUGCAAGGUGGCCGUGGUCACACUGACCCACGACCAGAUGAUUGACCUACUGCGCACCUCUGUCACCGUGAAGGUGGUCAUCAUCCCGCCUUUUGAGGACGGCACGCCCCGGAGGGGUUGGCCAGAGACCUAUGACAUGAAUACCUCGGAGCCCAAGACAGAGCAGGAAAGCAUCACUCCUGGGGGCCGGCCCCCCUACCGCAGCAAUGCUCCCUGGCAGUGGAGUGGGCCUGCAUCCCAUAACUCUCUACCAGCCUCCAAGUGGACCACUCCCACCACCCCUGGCCACGCCCAGUCCCUGAGCCGGCCCCCGAAGCAGACCCCCAUGGUCCCCUUCAGGGAGUCCCAGCCACUGCACAGCAAGAGGCCAGUCAGCUUCCCAGAAACCCCUUACACAGUAUCACCAGCAGGGGCCGACAGAGUCCCUCCCUACCGACAGCCUUCUGGGAGCUUCUCCACCCCCGGCUCGGCCACCUACGUGAGAUACAAGCCAUCCCCAGAAAGGUACGCGGCUGCCCCACACCCCCUGCUAUCUCUUGAUCCCCACUUCAGCCACGAUGGGACAUCCAGCGGUGACUCUUCUUCUGGAGGCCUGACCAGCCAGGAAAGCACCAUGGAACGUCAGAAGCCAGAGCCUUUGUGGCAUGUGCCUGCCCAGGCCAGGCUCUCAGCCAUAGCCGGAAGCAGCGGGAACAAGCACACAUCCAGGCAGGAUGCAGCAGGCAAAGACUCCCCCAACAGGCAUUCCAAAGGAGAACCUCAGUACUCGAGUCAUUCCAGCAGCAACACCCUCUCCAGCAACGCAUCCAGCAGCCAUAGCGACGACCGCUGGUUCGACCCCCUGGACCCCCUGGAGCCAGAGCAAGACCCCCUCUCCAAGGGCGGCUCCAGUGACAGUGGCAUCGACACCACCCUCUACACCUCUAGUCCCAGCUGCAUGUCCCUGGCCAAGGCACCACGGCCCGCCAAGCCACACAAGCCCCCUGGAAGUAUGGGCCUUUGUGGCGGAGGUCUUGAGGCCGCUGGGAGAUCCCACCACACAGACAGGCGGCGGGAGGUCUCCCCUGCCCCCGCAGUUGCUGGCCAAAGCAAGGGCUACCGACCGAAGCUGUACUCCUCCGGCUCCAGCACCCCCACGGGCCUGGCCGGGGGCAGCCGAGACCCGCCAAGGCAGCCCAGUGACAUGGGCUCCAGGGUUGGAUACCCGGCUCAGGUUUACAAAAAUGCCAGCGCAGAGACUCCUCGGCCCUCCCAGCUGGCCCAGCCCAGCCCCUUCCAGCUCUCCGCCUCUGUCCCCAAGUCCUUCUUCUCCAAGCAGCCUGUGCGCAAUAAGCAUCCAACAGGGUGGAAGAGGACGGAGGAGCCCCCACCACGGCCACUCCCCUUCAGUGACCCAAAGAAGCAGGUGGACACGAACACCAAAAACGUCUUCGGACAACCGAGGUUGAGGGCAUCCCUCCGAGACCUCCGAUCGCCACGGAAGAACUACAAAUCCACCAUCGAGGAUGACCUGAAGAAACUCAUCAUCAUGGACAACCUGGGGCCGGAGCAGGAGAGAGACUCAGGACAGUCGCCACAGAAGGGCCUACAGCGGACGCUGUCGGAUGAGAGCCUAUGUAGCGGGCGCCGCGAGCCCAGCUUCGCCAGCCCUCCUGGCCUGGAGCCCGGUCUGCCCAGCGAUGUGCUCUUCACCAGCACCUGCGCCUUCCCGUCCAGCACGCUGCCCGCACGCCGCCAGCACCAGCACCCCCACACACCCGUCGGCCCUGGCACUGUUCCUGCUGCUGGCUGUGGCUUUCCCGAGAAGAAAUCCACCAUCUCAGCGUCAGAGCUCUCGCUGGCUGAUGGGCGGGACCGGCCCCUGCGGCGCCUGGACCCUGGGAUGAUGCCCCUGCCUGACACGGCUACCGGCCUUGAGUGGUCCAGCCUGGUGAAUGCUGCCAAGGCAUACGAAGUGCAAAGAGCCGUCUCGCUCUUCUCUCUGAACGACCCGGCCCUGAGCCCGGAUGUCCCGCCUGCACACAGUCCUGUCCACAGCCACCUGAGCCUGGAGAGGGGGCCCCCGACCCCCAGGACCACCCCUACCAUGAGUGAGGAACCACCCCUGGAUCUGACAGGCAAGGUAUACCAGCUGGAGGUGAUGCUGAAACAGCUGCACACUGACCUGCAGAAGGAGAAGCAGGACAAGGUGGUGCUGCAGUCCGAGGUGGCCAGCCUGCGGCAGAACAACCAGCGGCUGCAGGAGGAGUCGCAGGCCGCCAGCGAGCAGCUGCGCAAGUUUGCAGAGAUCUUCUGCAGGGAGAAGAAGGAGCUCUGAGGUGGGGAGGCCGCCGCCCAGCCCUGGCUCCUUCCCCAUAGGCUGUGGCCCUGCUUGCCUCUUUCCCUCUACUCAGCUCCUGGCUGCUGGCAUGACCAAGAUGACCCAGCCAGGGCCCUCCCCAUGGACACGGAAACCCCAAUGGCAGUAGGACCCGAGGGGCCUCACUGGGGCUGUGAGGCAGGGUCAGCGCACGGCCCUUAAGCCCCGGAGGGCGACGUGGUCUCAGGCCUCUCUCCGAGCUGCCCAGCUGUGGUCCCUGUGAGCUGGGUUGUGCCCACACCACCCCUGGGCCUGUCCUGCCGUCCCCAUUUGGCCUCUUCCUGGGACCAGCCCUCCGAAGCUGAUGGGGACAGAGAGAGGAGCCAGUCUGCAGACCCCUUGGCUCCAGGAGGUCACACAGCAGGUUUCUUCGCCACGCACGAGGAAGUUGCAGCUUGUGGGGCUGAGGCCCCUGCAUGAAAAGUACAGCGUGAAAGCACCCUUUCUCCCCACACCCAGAGAGGUGAGGCCCUCGAGGAAACAGACCAGGGUGCCUCGGCCCCUAGCGCGCAAGCUCCAAAAAGCACGAACGUGAUCCCCUCCCUACCGCCCUCCUCCCAAAAAGCAGCCAGGAGCACUUUCUUAGAGUUUAAAUUAUUUUCUUGGGGGCCUGAGGAUGGAGAGAGGCAAGGCUAGCCUCCAGAGUGGAUUUAUUUGAGAGAGAAACUCUAUUUGUACCUC